AUGGAGUCUAAUGAAAGGAUUCAGUUUUCGAAUGGGGAUGCUGCGAACAGUAGGAAUAUAGAUUGGUCUAAGUAUGGGUUGCAUAAUAAUGCUGGAACCCAGAGGAAUAAUGAAACAAGAAAUAACAGUAGACAGUAUGAAGAGUUUGGACCUGACAUGUAUCAAACUGGAGCAAAUGAGUUAUUUGCUCAAGAAUAUAGCGCCGAUCCCUGGUGGAAAUCAAACUUUUUCAUUUCCCAGCCAGUAUUAUUUGGGACAUGGGACGGAGUUUUCACAUCUUGUCUCAUCAACAUUUUUGGAGUUAUUGUAUUUUUGAGAUCGGGAUGGAUAGUAGGCCAAGCAGGAAUUCUCAAUGCUGUAUUAAUAAUUUUGUGUACAGUAUGCAUCGCGUUAGUGACUGUGUUGUCUGCUGUGGGAAUAUGUGAGAGAUGUCGCGUGGAGAGUGGCGGAGUUUAUUUUCUGUUGUCACAUGUAUUAGGAUCAAGAUUUGGUGGAUCUAUAGGAUUGCUAUAUUGUUUCGGACAAGCGGUCGGCUGUGCAUUGAAUGUUCUAGGAUUUGGAGAAUCUGUGGCUGGAUUGGUGGGUUUAGAAUCGGCAUGGACAGAACGUGGUUUUGCUUGUGCUGCUGUUAUCCUCUUAUCUGUUAUUAACAUUGCUGGUGUUAAGUGGGUCAUAAAACUUCAAUUUAUUCUGUUACUGAUUUUAUUGUUCGCUGGCGUAGAUUUUAUGGUUGGCAGUUUUACCCACGAAAAUGUCGGGGCUGGUUUCGAGGGAUGGUUCUCAGGAAAUUUGAGAAAUAAUACUUUUACCAACUAUCAGGAUGGAUACAGUUGGUUUACAGUUUUCGGUGUAUUUUUCCCAACAGUAACAGGUGUCUUGGCUGGUAUUAAUAUGAGCGGUGACCUAAGACAUCCUUCUACCGACAUUCCUAAUGGUACAUUGGCAGCUGUAGGAACUGGAACAUUUUUAUAUUUAUGCUUCUCGAUGGUUCUUGCUGCGACUUGCACUCGCAAAGCACUAUUAACCAACUUUAUGAUCGCAUCGACGGUAUCGGCGAUUUCAGUUUUGCUGCUGGCAGGACUUUACGUUUCAUCAUUUAGCAGCUGUUUGGGUGCGAUGUACGGUACACCUCGGGUUCUUCAGUCUAUCGCUAGUCAAAAUGUUAUUCCUGGAAUAAGUUGUUUGCAAAGAGGGAAAGGACCAAAUAAGGUGCCUGUGUAUGCAAUGCUAGUUGUUGCGAUAGUUACACUGACUUUCAUCAUUACCGGUCAGAUUAACACGCUCGCACCAAUUGUCACGAUGCCUUUUCUACUGACGUACGCUUGCAUGGAUUACGCGUAUUUUGCCCUUGCGCAGACAUUCGAUAUACAAUUGUCACGGGAACAGAGAUUUCGAACGCAGUCUCCCACGUUCGAUCGUGAUUAUGGUUCCGCAAGUAGAAGCAAUUCGAUGACUGAUAUGGAUAACGAUCUCGAUAAUUUAUUUCCUGAAAGAAUAAGGCAUAAAAAUCUGAUGAGAAAUCCCAGUCUUUCCGAAAACAAUGUUUAUAUAGAUUCCUCUCCUAGUAUUGACGAAAACGGGAGCAGUACGGAUAAUUCGGAGAGGAAAGUACAUAUCCAUAAUAAAUUAGGAAAUUGGUACAGUCCUUUGUGCAAUAGAUGGUUUUCUCUGUUAGGAUGCCUUAUAAAAUUACUCAUCAUGUUUCUCGUUCACUGGGGUUACGCAAUUGCUAAUAUCGUUGUCGUGUUCUUCGUUUGGAGUUACAUCGGCCAUGCGAAUCCUGCAGUUAAACCAGGAGUUUCGUCCGAAUUUAAAUUUUUCAAGUGGAUGAGAAUGUCAUUGUUGAGACUCAUGGGGAGAAAGGUUUACGAUUACGAACAGAUCGUUGUGACGCCUGUGCAUCCGGGCGUGGAAACUUGCUCUGCACAGUUGAACGAGGAGAACGAAGAUUUCGCAGGAAGGAGAAGGUAUCAUCAAACGGCCACGGUAACAGGACAGUAUGUUAACGUUGACUAAGAAGCAAUUGAAGAGAUAGACUCAGCAGGAUAAUAACAAUUAAGUGAAAAUGUCGUAUGGAAAAUAAUAUAUAAAAUUAUUUUAACAGAAGGAAUUGUAUAGGAGUUAUAACUACUUUCGUACUUCAGAGUAGAAUGAGGCUCUAACGAUGGUAUUGACCGCACAAAACUAGUCUAUUUAAAAAGAUUUCAUAUCCUAGGCACAGGGAAUUCUUCAUGAGAUACCAUGUGAUAGCCUUAACUUUAAUAAUCAAAUAAGAAAAAAAGGACAGUACAUGUCGAGAAAUCAAUGCAUAGAUACAAUUGAGGAAUCAUACUGCCAGAAGUAUGCCUGAUCUUCUUUUUACACAGUGAAAGCGUAUCGAGUAAAUGAAAAUUGUUUAAAGAAAAUUCAUCUUUGCACAGUUAAAUUUGUUAUUUAAAUACACGAAUUUCGUCAUUUUAAACUAUGUAUCUAGUUCUUACUGUUCUCGAGAUAUACAUCAAAAUAUGUUAUGCAACCCUAAGUUUGAGGGGUGUUUUCACCCCUUCAGCACCUGAUUAAUUUUAAAACUCGCGUUAACUGUGAAUAAAUCGUUUAAAAAAUCUCUGGAUUAAUCGUUUGAAAAAAUAUCGUGUAAAAGAAAGAUCAAGUGUGUUUUUAACAAUGAAGGGUCCAUACUUUCAGUGAAUUAAUUUAAGAAUUGUCUAUCAUGAGAUUACUUCUCCUUUAUAAUUCUUAUCUGUAGUUAAUGAUUAAAUCGUAAUAUUUUAUGUAUCGCGAAACUAAUCGUAAGCGUUGGAUAUCAUACCAUUUAUAACAAAUACUCUGUACAUAUGUAGUAGUAAUAACAUAUUUAUAUGCUAUUUAACAUUUUUAUAAACGUCGC